AGCUGAAACCAUGGAAACCAGUCCGCCACUGCAGAGCAGUUUAAUGCGUUGAUUCCUGUGACAGUAGUGUGGCUAGUGGUCGGUGUAGGAGGGAGAUCCACUCGGCUGGAAACAUCAUUCCACUCGCGACGCGUGGUUUCCUACGUUUUAUUUAUGGGGCUUUAGCUGGGUUCAUUUGGCAGACUAUUAAACGUUCGUUUUCGAAUAGAUUACGUUCAAGAAGAUGCUGGAGUCAAUUAAAGUUACAGAGCAACUUCACUGGCCAGAGGUAGAUUUGUCUAAAAAGUCCAUCUUCAACUCUGCUGACAGGGUGGUGAGUCCAACCCAGGUGUGCCUUGAAAAGAUUUCUUCCACUGUUCUGAAUGGCCUCUGUGGUUCUGGCUCAAACAGUUACAACGUCCUGCUGCAAGCUGAGGAGGUGAAGAAGAAGAAGAAGAAGAAGAAGAAGCAGAAGCAGUCCCUGUGCAAAAGGCCGAAGACCUCUGUGAAAGGCAGUUCCAGUAAAAGAAACCGUCUGAGCCUGGCCCAGAAAAAGACCCACAUUCUAGGUGGUGGUGAAAAACCCAUCCAGACAAACUGUGUCCUCUCAGGCUGCAACGGCAAUCUUCUCAAGCCGACUCAAACCCUCACAGUAGUGGGCAGCAAGAUGGGAAUGACCCCUCGCACACUUCCACAGCCCAGGAAAACGUACGUCCAUAAUGUGCAUCGUCCUGUGCUUCCAUCCCUCCACAAAGCAGCAACCUCACAGGAGGUAGAAAAUGUCAAGAAGCUCUGCAUCCUCACAGCCGUCAAGCCAUCUAAUGUUGAGAAAGAGAAGGACAAGUUCUUCAAGUCUGACUUUAACUACAAUCCCCAGUUUGAGUACAGCAACCCAGUUUCUGCAGUUAUCCUGGCACGCCAUAACAAUGCCUCGGAUCACUUUCUAACACAGGCGGUGAACAUCAUGGAGCUUGCCUUGGAGAGAUAUGGCAGCUAUGAGAUGUUUGAGCAACUUACUGGUGGUAUCCUCCUAACCAAGAGUCGUAUCUGGAGCAGUGUGAAGAGAUACAUGGAGAAGGAAGGCUGUGUGGGCGAGAUAGUAGUCCAGGUGACAGACGACCUACUGUCCAGAGCCUCGAUGACGGUGGUGAACGGCAGACCCACCAUGACCAUCAACACCUCCAGUGCACGGGAGCACUGGCUGGAAGGCAUGCUAAGGCAUGAGAUUGGCACUCAUUACUUCCGGGGCAUCAACAACUGCCAGCAGCCUUGGAGCAGCAGCGUCGGAAGGAAGAAGCACAACCUGAAGCCUCUGAACCCAACAGAGGAAGGCCUCGCCAGCAUCCACAGUGUUCUGUUCAGGAAGGAUCCGACUCUGUGGCGCGCUGCUCUGCUCUAUUAUACCGUCUAUCAGGCCAGACACACGUCCUUCUGUCAGCUGUUCCACAACCUGGGGCACUUUGUCCAGGACCCAAACACACGCUGGGACUACUGCGUCCGGGCCAAGAGAGGCCAGACCGACACAGCCCUGCCAGGAUGCUUCAGUAAAGAUCAGGUUUAUCUGGAGGGGAUACUGAAGAUUCUGAGAAACAGAGACAAGAUUGACUUUCCAAUGCUGAUGGCUCUUGGAAAGGUGUCAUUUGAAGACGUGGAUCGUCUGAAACCUCUCGGUCAGAUGGAGAACGUCCGCAUCCCACACUUCAUGCAGGACCAGGCGAGAUAUGCUGAGCAGCUGACAAAAAUUAUGGUGGUCAACCAGCUGACUGAUGAAGAGCUGAAGAUCCUCAUCUGAGCACUGCCCUCUUCAUCCUCCACUGUCCCUAAUAAAACCUGCUCUACUCAGCUCCUGCCUGCAUGCAUCACAUCACUAACGCAGUCCUCACACAUGGUAGCAAAGCAGUGAAUUGUGUUGUUCUGUCUUUGGUGUUAAACUGUAAGACUAAUCGGUUAGUUCAGGUUCUUCAUGUUGAAUCAGCCUUAGCCACAGAUAAGGAACACAAGCCCUUUAAAUGACACUGGUGUGUUUUCAGUUUUGAUGUUAUCGCUGUUUUUUAUGCCAAUACAGAUGGAUGCAGUAUCAAUACAAACUGUAUUUUUCCUGGCCUGUAUUAAGUGAGGUGCCAAGUUUUUUCCAUUUUAUUAAAUGCUGCCACCUAGA